CGGAGUCGGCUCGGCCUCCGCGCGCAGCUCUCCUGCAUUUCCGAUGACGCAGAGAACUUUCCGGAAGGCCGCCGUCGGGUUCAGGCUGUUGUUUGUUGCACAGAGCUGGUUGGAAAGUGGAGAAGUAGCGGUGUCUUUUAUAGAUAAUAACAAAGUUUCUUAGGCCGCAUUGCUGGCAGGCUGCUUUCUGAGGCUCUGAAGCUCCCAGAUCGCCCACCAUGCUGGUAGCCAGACUCACGUGUCUGCGCAGUCUUCCGGCUGCCGGGCUGCGCUCGGCCCUGGCCCAGGGCCCUCGGCCUCUGAGGUGCCUUCAGCUUAAGGUCACUCAGCCCUUGGUGAAGCCUCAUCAGGAGUAUUCCACCAAAGCUCGAUUUGCUCUCAGACGUGGCAAAACUGCCAAAGACCAACUGAAAGAUGCAGCUUUCGAGCCAGCAACUGACACAGCUGCAAAAGUUGACAGCAUAGGAAGGAUGAUUCUUGCUGGAGGAGCCGCGGUCGGUCUUGGAGCUUUGUGCUACUAUGGACUGGGGAUGUCGAAUGAAAUUGGAGCCAUUGAAAAAGCUGCGAUCUGGCCCCAGUAUGUGAAAGACAGGAUUCACUCUACCUACAUGUACUUUGCCGGCAGCGUGGGCCUGACGGCCCUGUCCGCUGUUGCAGUGAGCAGGACUCCUGCGCUCAUGGGUCUGAUGAUGCGAGGGUCCUGGCUGGCCAUCGGCGCCACGUUUGCUGCCAUGUUGGGUGCUGGUAUGCUGGUCAGAUCAAUUUCAUAUGAGAAUAGUCCCGUUCCUAAACAUCUCGCCUGGAUGCUACACGCAGGUGUCAUGGGAGCAGUGGUGGCACCCCUGACCCUGCUAGGUGGCCCCCUGGUGUUGAGGGCAGUGUGGUACACAGCAGGCAUUGUGGGGGGGCUCUCCACAGUAGCCGUGUGUGCCCCCAGCGAGAAAUUCCUUUCUAUGGGGGGUCCGCUGGCUGUCGGCUUUGGAGCGGUGUUUGCUUCUUCCAUUGGGUCAAUGUUCCUGCCGCCCACUUCAGCUCUGGGCGCAGGCCUGUAUUCAGUGGCGGUUUACGGAGGGCUCAUCCUCUUCAGCAUGUUCCUGCUGUAUGACACACAGAAAGUGAUCAAACGUGCCGAAAGCUACCCCUUGUAUGGAGUCGCCAGAUAUGACCCCAUCAACUCAUGCCUACAGAUUUACAUGGAUACACUGAAUAUCUUCACACGGAUUGUGAUGAUUCUGGCCGGUGGUGGAAGCAGGAGGAAGUGAGGUGGGCUUCAGAGGCCCCAUGCUGGCAGGUGGGCUUCAGGCUCACUGGGAUGUGGGAAUAUCGGACUUUACACAACAUUCAGCUUUAAACCAUGGGUGUAAUAUUAUCUGUACAUUAUGUUAAAUGUUCUUGUUUCACAAUAGUGCAAAAUGUUGCUACUUAUGUGCAGAAAUCUGAAGAUGUGUAAUUAAACCCUAAAGGAUUUCUAAAUUCCAUAAGUUUGUGGGGUUUUCAUUUAUAUUUAUGUUUGAAUUGCCUAGGUGUUCCAUUUUCUCACAUUUUAAGGUGUGCCGGUGUGAGGACAAAUGACUCUAUAAAUGUACUAAGGCAGUCAUUCGACCUUGGUGGAGGAAGAAUGCAACCAUUAUGUGUGUGUGCUUUUUUUAUUUUUUAAACGAGCUUCCGUUGGACAAAAACAUGCCUAUGUUGAAAUAGUAGGACAUUACAAAGGACUUUGGUUUGGCAUUAUCAUUGGUAAACAAUUAUUAACUUUCUUUUAAAAACUGUGGCGUGAACUGGAAAAUUAAAUGACAGUUGUGCUUUGUAAAACCUUGCUAUUACAAGCCAUAACAGAUCUCCUAUUAACUUGAGCAUUAACAGAUGUCAUGUAAACCAUAUUUCAGCAGUGACUUUAAAGCAGUGCUUUUUAAUUCCGCUUGGACGCACCAUUUUCUUUUUAAAAGCUUAAUGUAUCAUGCUGGCUAAAUAUUCUUGACUUACGGAAAUGCUUUGAAUGAAAACCAAGCUGUCCAUUUAAUUGACUGAUGUGGCACUGCAGAAAUGCUAGUUCUGCAGAAUGACUGUAGCCAUCUGCUUUUUUAGUUCUAUAGUACUUUCAGAUAAAUGUCUUAGAGUUUCUGAAGUGCUAAAUACUUAAUACAAAAUAUCCAUGAUGUUAAUUAUGGGAUUCCCAUGCUUUCCUGUAUUAUAUCUCCCCGUAUAUCUCUGGGGAAUUUUUAUUUUUAUUUGAACACUUGGAGUCCAUUGUGAUAAAGAAUUCAUUUCUAUAAUCCCACCUGCACCAUACACCUGUGUAUGACUAAGCUCUUUAGUAUUGCGCCAGCAAUGACUUAAAAUAAAAUUUGCUGCUUCUAUUAAGAUAGAAAAUACCUAAUAUACAUAUAAAUCUUACAUUUCAGUGUGUUUUCACUGGUAUGUGUAAUGAAUCUUCCUGGUGUGAUAUUCACUGCAUUCCAUAAGAAUGAGAUCUGCUAUAUCCUAUUUCUUGAAGGCAACUUAUGAAGUACCCAAAGAAAUAACUCAUAAUAUGACAUAGAAGUCAACAUGAGAAAUUCACUAGUAGCUCUGCAUCUCCUGAAAAUGGCGCGCACUGUCUUCAUUGUCAAAGUUAACUAAAAGCAGUUCUGCUUGUUUGUAUUUCUGAAAAUUGAAUUAAAAGUUUUUAAAAGGUG